AUGGAGCCUGAGCAGAAGCAAUCCAUUAUUACGAAAAGUAUCAAUGUCACCAUCCGAAGUUCAAGUCCGGGUGUCAAUGGAUCCAUCUACAAUGGAAGCAUCAUGGGUGGUCAGCCUUCCUUCGUGGGUGGUCCGCAAUCCUUCGUGGGUCAGCCUUCCAUCGCAGGUGGAGGCAGUAUGGGUGGUUCAAGGUUGAUUUCCGUCAGGGCCCGCCAAAUAUUUGAUAGUCGAGGAAAUCCGACCGUUGAAGUUGAUGUCGUCACCGACAAAGGAACUUUCCGUGCGGGUGUUCCCAGCGGUGCUUCAACCGGCAUUCAUGAAGCUCUGGAAUUAAGAGAUCAAAUUAAAUCUGACUACAUGGGCUUGGGUGUUUUAAAAGCAGUUGACAAUGUCAACAAGAUAAUUGGCCCUGCUCUUCUCAAAAAACAGAUUCCUCCUAGUAAACAGGAAGAAAUCGACAUGUUUAUGGUUAACGAACUGGAUGGAACUGAGAACAAGAAUAAACUGGGCGCUAAUGCUAUCCUUGGAGUAUCUUUGGCUAUGUGCAAAGCUGGUGCGGCUGAGAAGGGAGUUCCGCUUUAUCGACACAUCGCUGACCUUGCUGGAAACAAGGACGUCAUUCUGCCUGUGCCAGCGUUUAACGUCUUGAAUGGUGGUAGCCAUGCUGGAAACAAGCUCGCUUUCCAGGAAUUCAUGAUUCUGCCUGUUGGAGCAAAAUCGUUCACAGAAGCGAUGAAGAUUGGUUCUGAAGUCUAUCAUAACCUCAAGUCAGUCAUAAAGGCAAAGUAUGGUCUUGAUGCCUGCAACGUGGGUGACGAGGGAGGUUUUGCUCCGAACAUCCAGGAUAAUUUUGAAGGUUUGGAAUUACUAAACGAGGCUAUCGCCAAAGCUGGCUACACCGGCAAGGUAAAGAUCGGUAUGGACGCAGCCGCCUCUGAAUUCUACAAGGAGAAUUUAUAUGAUCUUGACUUCAAGAAUCCAAAUUCUCCUAAAGAUCAGUGGAUUUCUUCGGAGAAACUUGGUGACGUUUUCAAAGAGAUGAUUUCCAAAUACCCGAUCGUUAGUAUUGAAGAUCCUUUUGAGCAAGAUGAUUGGGACGCCUGGACUCCGUUUACCGCCAGUGCCGGAAUACAGAUUGUGGGUGAUGACUUAACAGUUACGAAUCCAAAGCGUGUCCAGAAGGCGAUUGAUAGUAAGGCGUGCAACGCCCUACUUAUGAAAGUAAACCAAAUCGGAACCAUCACCGAGUCAAUCAAAGCGUGUAACAUGGCAAAAGCGGCUGGUUGGGGUGUCAUGGUUUCACAUCGUUCCGGAGAAACUGAGGACUGUACUAUUGCAGACUUGGUUGUGGGUCUGCGUACCGGACAAAUCAAGACUGGCGCUCCUUGCAGAUCUGAACGACUUGCAAAAUACAACCAGAUGCUUCGGAUUGAAGAGGAACUGGGUGCUGCGGCGCAGUACGCUGGCGAACGAUUUAGGAACCCUUAA